GUUUAUAAACUAUGGCGGUGAAUAUGUAUAAAUACAAACGUAAAAUAUUAUUAUAAUAAAUUCUCACCAAUUGUAAUUCCUCACGUAAUACGUAACUACGUCCUUAAAUAACCGAAGCAAAACGCCAAAUUGUCAAAUUCCAGUUCCAACAAAAAUUUGACAGAUCAUUUAAAUUACUUGUUGAAAAAUAAUUAGUUUGAAUAAUGUUUUGAACUACUUACUAUUGAUUUACCCCAACCAGUCGUUUCUACUGAAAGUGUAAGUCUACCACCUAUCAGUUGUAAAUAUGGAUACUACAGUAAAAAGUUCCACUGUUAAGAAGUUUUACCCCACUGUGGAGGAAUGUAAAAUAAAUAAUUUAGUCAAAUGUACCGAAGAUGGAUGUUCAAACGUGUUCACAUCAGAAUCUAACCUCACAUUGCAUUUAAUGAAAACGCACAAAAAAUCUCAUCUACUAGAUUCAAAUUUGAGUUUAAAACAAUACUAUUGCCCAGAGGUGGGAUGUAUUUACAAUAAGAAUAAAUUUUUCAAAAAUAUGAAAUGCUUGCGCCAGCAUUACGUGAAAGUACAUUGCACUAAAAACUUUCAGUGUACUUUAUGCCAGAAAAAUUUUCCUACUAAAAAUUUUUUAAAUAACCAUAUUGAAUAUUGUGGAAUUAAUUUUGAGUGCUGUGAUUGUCAAGCAACUUAUUCCUGUUAUGAAACUCUCAAAACACAUGGACGACGCAAAAAGCAUAAUAUAUUAUUUAAGUCCGAGUAUAAAUCAAAACUUGCUAUUUCUAAAAGUGAAGACGUCAUCCCUAGCAACAAAAAUCGUGUAAUUCUCCCUAAACAGUGUAUAAGUUUAGUAGUGUUACCUACUAUAAAUAAGUCUGUGACAAAUCGUGAAAUUCAAACAGAAGAAGAAAAACCAAAAUUGAGGAGUAAAAUGACCCAAGUAAACAGAAAUGCAGUACUAACCUCUCAAAAUACUCAACAAACGCAGACUGAAAUGAAACAAAAUUUGCUUACCGUCGAAACACAAACCAUGGGUGAUUUUGUUAACAUAAAUCGAAAACAGUUGGAUGCAUUAAAUGAAGCUAACGAUCAGAAAACUUCAAUUACACAGACAGAUAUUAUUGAAUCAAGAAGCACAUCAUGUAACACAUCAUUUAACUUAGAUGAUUUUGAAUUUUCAUUAAAAACUGAGACUGAAAAAAAUUCCUCUGGCACUCAAACACAAAGUAAUGAUAUUUAUUCAAUUUCCACAGCCACUCAUGAUUCGAUACACACAGAUACGUCAGAUUUAUUCGCAGAAACAUUAAAUGCAAAUAUGAGCAGCUUUGAAUUCUUUAAUUGUAACAUGGAAACCCAAACUGAUUUUAUGCUAAGCGAUGAAAUGUUUAAUUGUGAUUAUUAUAUGAGUAAUAUGUACACUCAGACUUGUAACGAAAUAUUAAAUGAUUUGGGAUUCAGUGACAUACAAACACAAACAGUCUUAGAUGAUGUUCUGCGAUCAGUUGAAAGUCAAACGAUGGUAUCCCGUGGUAGAAAAAAUGUAAUUUGUAAAGAUACAAGUCAUAUGGAAACACAGACUGAUAUGGAAUAUUUGAACAUGUUGGAAGUUAUUAAUUCCUGACUAUAGUUCUUUUCUAUAAGUACGUCCAAAAUUCCAUAGAGUAUUUCUAAUAUACACUCACCGAUUUAAAAUUUAAUCCAUAGAAAAUUUUGAGAAAUUGUUGAGGCCAUUUUUUUAUUGUCCAAAUCUGAUAUUUUUG